GCACAGCCUCAUCACUGAAUGCCCAACAAGAUGGGGCUCUACUGAAAUGAUGAUAGCCAGGGUGCUAGAGCAGCUCAAAGCUAUUACUCAUGUUCUGUCAGGUGACCGAUAUGCACGCUCCCUCAUUCCUACCUGGCAGGAUAUUGAGGUGUUAGAAUCUGUCCACAAAGCACUUCAUCCUCUCCUAGAAUUUACAGAUGCUCUCUCUGGGGAGGAAUAUGUGAGCAUCUCUUACCUCAAACCAGUUCUUAACCUUCUGACCACAUCAGUGCUGGCUGAAGACCAAGAGGACACUAACUUGACCAGGUCAAUCAAAACUAAGGUCCUGGGUUACCUCAAUGAGAAAUACAGUGACCACAGCAUCCAGGAGCUUUUGGAUGUUGCAUCCUUUCUGGACCCCAGGUUCAAAACCCAGUACAUCACUGCCGACAACAUUCCAGCUAUUAAGACCCGAAUCAAGAACGAAAUGCUGGAAUCAGCAAGGCGUACACAUAACCAGGAGAAGAGAGCUCGGAUCGAAGCCACUCCGAGGCCUCCAAGUGCGGUGCCAUGUGGUGAAAAAGUCAAGAAAUCUCUGGGCAGCUUUUUCAAGGCUGCUGCGGCUUCUUCAUCUGCUCCUGUGCAACUUGAAGAUGCCACUGAAGCAGAGUUAAACAGUUACCUCAUGACCCCCACCAUUGAUGGAGAAGAGGACCUGUUAGCCUGGUGGAAGGUGCACAAGAUUAACUUUCCACGACUCUGCAACAUGGCCCGCAAGUAUCUUUGUGUCCCUGCCACAAGUGCUCCAUCAGAGCGUCUCUUCAGCACUGGAGGUAAUAUCGUGACUUGCACUCGUUCAUCUUUAAAACCAGCCAAAGUUGACAUGCUGGUAUUCCUCGCCAAAAAUAUGUAAGCUCCAAAGAACUAUACAAAGAAACUUUACGACUAAUA